UCGAAAAGUGGGGGAUUUCGGGUCGCGUCUGGACAACAAAAAAAACGGGUUGACGAGCCAUCUUGCAGGAUAGCGGGGGUCAGGAGAUGUGUUUGUUUCUCUCAGCGCACGGUCAGUCCAUUGUGCUUUGUUUGCCAGCAGUGAACCCCUACACCUACUGCCGGUGUGGAGGGCAGGACCGGAAUGAUAGGACGAAUGCUGUUGAUAAGCGUUCCGUCCUGGGCCGUCCAGACCUCUCUAUUCCCAUCACCACGCCUCGGGAUUGGGGCUGCCUUGGGGGCAGAUGCCUCGUACAUCCUGAGGCAGCCAGCAAUUUGGUGGGUCGGCUCAGCUCAAGUGAAGCUGAUUGCAAGCCACUCCAUCAACAACACGAAACUGAGAUCUAACCCCCGGGGCCAGGAGGUAUUCCAGGAUGCUUCACACUUUGGAAACAGCGAAAGAAGUCUUGCGCUUCUUGUUGUCUGGUGUCGAACUAUUACUAUUCUUGUACACACACACACAUACACACACACAUGGGUUUUUGUUUGAGAUUCAGUACUGGCUGCAGUCACGUACACCUGUAAUGUAACAUCGAAUGCUGUGGAAGGUGCAGAUUUCAAAGUUGACCUGAGCUUGGAGCUUGUUUGGUUGUUGGGGUUGCAGCCAGGUGCGGCGUGGAAGAAUGAAG